GGCUCGACGUGCCUCUCUUUGAAUGGCUGUUCUCUCUGAACUGAGUCGACAGGAGAGGCAGAUAAGAGGGAAGCGGUACGCAUGGUCGUCGUUAUCGCUAAUGGCAACCUCGCCGUCGUCGCUCCUCUCUUGUUACUUCCCUCUUCCUCUGCUCCGCUCGUCCACACACCCUCAGCCGCCGUCUCUCUCCUUCGCUCUCUCCUCCCCUCUCCGCUCCCUCGUAAACCCCAGAAAACUUCGAUCACUAGUCCUCGCUUCUUCUUCCCCCUCCUCCGCCGCCUCCUUCGACGAUCUCUUUUCCAAACGCCCCUCGAGGUCCACUAAUUCUUCCAAGAAAUCCGUUCUGUCAAAUUUGAUACAAGAGAUAGAACCAUUAGACGUGAGCCUCAUUCAGAAAGAUGUUCCGCCAACGACUGUGGAUGCCAUGAAACGGACUAUAUCUGGCAUGUUAGGCUUACUUCCAUCUGACCAGUUUCAGCCUCUGAUUGAUUGCCGAGAAGAUGGAGACAAGAAAGAGAAGUCAAACCCUUACCAUAUUUGCCCAGUUUGGGGAUAUACGUUGCGGAAUGCUGAAUAUAGACUCUGUCUCGAGAGAAACCUUGAUAUGAAUGAAGGAAUUCCUGAAAAACAAACACUAGAAAAUGCUAAACUUGAUUUACAAGGGUUCUUGCUUGGCAGCGUGAGGAUAGUUAAAUUGUCAGGAGAAUAUAAAUUGCCAUCCAAAUUUGAUAAACUUACUGGAGACUCGUCAGAAAAUGUUGAUAUUCAACACCUCAAUGAAAUGUCUCCUGAAGCUCAACAGUAUAUUCUUCAUUUGCAGUCUCGUUUAUCUUCAGUUAGAAAGGAGCUUUGUGAAAUCAAGGGGAAAAGUGCUGCCCUGCAAAUGCAAAAGUUUGUUGGGGAGGAGAAGAAUGAUUUGCUGGAUUACUUGAGAUCUCUACAACCGGAAAAGGUAGCUGAGUUAUCAGAAGCUGCGUCCCCCGAAUUAAAAGAAAUAAUCUACUCUGUUGUACAUGGCCUCCUUGCUACCCUCUCUCCCAAGAUGCAUUCCAAGGCUCCUCUAUCAGCGAAUUCCCCAACUGGAACAGUGAAUGUAGGGAGUGAAGAUUGUGGUGAGAUUGUUGAAAACGCCUCACUUCAACUCCAGCCCCUCAUUUCACUGAAUCGGGACUACCUGGCACGUCUCCUCUUCUGGUGCAUGCUGUUGGGACACUUCCUCAGAGGCCGGGAGUAUCGAACGGAGCUUAUGGAACUCCUAUCCUUGACAAGCAGUGCUGAGAAUGAUGCCUCUAGUGACGGGCAAGCUGCUUGAAAGUUCAUCUUUUAAACUGCUUCCUAUCUGUGUAUAUAGAAGAGUUCACGAGGCCACUCGUGAUCUAGCAAAUGGAGAGUUAAUAUCUGUAUAAAAGGAUUAGUGUUGGUUUGUUUGUUGCAAGUACAAUCUUGCAGAUUUUGCUUUUUUUUUUUACUUUCUUUGUAUAUACACUAUGCAGCAAAUAAAUAAAAAGGAAAAAUCUAGUUACAAG